AUGAAAUUUGCUUUGGACGAAAUUAACAGGAACCCAACUCUGCUCUCAAACUUAACAUUGGGUCUCCAAGUCUAUGACUCGUGUGCUGGGAUUCAUCAAGAACUGGAUGGAACCUUCAAGAUGCUAACAGGUCAAAAGCAAGGAGUUCCAAAUUUCUUUUGCAAGAAAUUGCCCCCUUUGUCAUCGGUCAUUGGACAUUCAACAUCAACCUUCUCUAUUCUUAAUGCCCAAGUGUUGGGAUUAUAUAAAUACCCACAGAUUAGCUAUGUGGCUUCCAGCUCUAUCCUGAGCGACAAAACACUAUUCCCCUCAUUCUUCAGGACUGUCCCAAGCGAUGCCUUUCAAUCCAUGGGUUUGGCACAGCUAGUGUUACACUUCGGCUGGACCUGGGUUGGGUUAUUGGCUGUAGAUGAUGAAUACGGAAAACAGGGCAUUCAGGUUAUUAGGCAGGAACUCCUCAGGGGUGGAGCUUGUGUAGCAUUUACAGAAUAUAUAAAAACUAAUGAUUUGGAUAACAUUUCCCAUGUAACAAAAACCAUUAAAGGAUCCACUGUAAAAGCUAUAGUUUCUUUCACCAAAGAUUUUGACAAAAUUAUCUUAUUGGAAGAGAUGCUGAGGCAAAAUGUUACAGGUAAAGUUUUUGUGGCCAGUGAAGCUUGGGCAAUCUCUAACUUGCUAACAGCAGCCAAAUAUUCAUCACUACUCUCUGGUUCUAUUGGUUUUUCCUUUCAUACCUCAACAAUCCUGGGAUUUGCAGAAUUCUUAACUGUUCUUCAUCCAUUUAACAACGGUGAGGAUCUAUGGACUAGAAUAUUUUGGGAAAAUGCUUUUGGGUGUGAAUUAUUUGAUCAUGCAAACCUCACAGGAUUAUGGAAUAAUUCCAAAUUAUGCACAGGAAAUGAGAGUAUUGAGGGUAUCAAAAAUGUCUUCUAUGAUGUAUUAAGCUUAAAUGAUGCCUACAACACUUACAAUGCAAUGCAUGUCAUUGCUCAAUCAUUACAUGACAUGCGAACGUGUCAAGAAAGCAAAGGACUGUUUGAUAAUGGAAGAUGUAUUGACAUUCAGCAUUUUAAACCAUGGCAGCUGUCACACUACAUCCAGAAUGUUAAAGUGAAACUAAGUAAUGGAAGAGAGUUGUUCUUUGACCAAAAUGGGGAUCCACCUGCCAUAUAUGAUAUAAUAAACUGGCACAUGAAUACAGAUGGCACAACGAGGCAAGUGAAAGUGGGCAGCUAUGAUACUACUCAGGUCAACGGGAACCGUUUUCUUAUCAAUACAAGUGCACUGAUAUGGGCAUAUGGCCACAAAGAGGUUCCUGUGUCUGUCUGCACCGAGAGCUGUCUUGCUGGCUUUAGGAAGGUGUUAAGGAAGGACUUACCUGUCUGUUGUUUUGAGUGUGUUCUGUGUCCUCUGGGAGAGAUUUCCAACCGGACAGACUCACUUAAUUGCUUCAAGUGUCCAUGGGAUGAGUGGCCCAACACCAAGAAAGACAGAUGUCUCCAGAAGAACAAAGAGUUUCUCUCCUUUGAAGAAACUUUGGGUGCUGCAUUAUCUGCUACAGGUGUUCUCUCUUCUCUGUUACCAUUUUCCAUAUUUGGACUUUUCAUGUGUUAUAAGAACACCCCAAUUGUCAGAGCAAACAACUUCUCUCUAAGUUGUCUUCUCCUAAUGUCAAUGUCCCUUUGCUUCCUCAGCUCUUUAGCUUUCAUAGGUUACCCUCAGGCUGAGAAAUGUCUUUUACGACAAGUUGCAUUUGGCACAAUCUUCACACUUUGUGUCUCUUGUAUUUUAGCCAAAACUUUCAUGGUGGUUUUUGCCUUUAUGGCCACAAAACCUGGCAGCAGUGUAAAGAGAUGGGCCAGGCCUAGAGUUUCCUACAUGAUUAUUGCCUUUUCUUGCAUUAUACAGUUGGUUCUUUGCAUCUCUUGGAUUGCAAUUGCCACUCCUUUCCCAGCAGAAAACACACUAACACAACCAGGAAUUAUAAUUGUUGAAUGUAAUGAGGGGUCACCUACAGCCUUCUGGUGCAUGUUGGGAUACCUUGGUCUUCUGGCCACCAUCAGUUUCCUUGUUGCCUUCUUGGCCAGGAGACUUCCUGACAGCUUUAAUGAGGCUAAGUUCAUCACCUUCAGCAUGCUGGCCUUCCUCAGUGUCUGGGUGUCCUAUAUCCCGGCAUCUCUUAGUUCCACUGGAAAAUACACGGUGGCCAUGGAGGUCUUUGCCAUCCUGUCUUCAAGCUGGGCCCUGGUGAUAUGCAUGUUUUUCCCAAAAUGUUUUAUUAUAUUGUUCCGACCUGACAUGAACUCAAAGCAACAUCUCAUUAGAAACUUAAAAUAUGACACAUAA